AUGGAUGUUAACGCACCAAACCCUAAACCUCUGAACCCUUCUGCUUCCCCUUACACGAGAGCCGAAGCAAGUGUGUCUUCGCCAUUUCUACCACCAAACAGUGGAAUGAUCGUGUUACCCUCAAAACUACCCCAGCUUUCACAAGAGAUUUAUGGCUCCCAUCCACAACAGUUGCAAUCGCAACUAGCGUGGGUGACUCGAUCAGUGCCCACAAUGGUUCCUGGGUUCCUCGCCAAUCCUUACCUCUCCGUGCAACACCAGUUGACCCAAGCUUGGGUGUACCAAGAAGCCACUGCCUACUACAACGUCUAUAGGCAGCCUUUCACUGUACCCCAUCCACAUCUUUAUUACAGUGGCAGUGGAAACCAAGGAACAUGCUGUACCCCCGGUGAGAAUUUAAAAGAAUCCGAGGAUGUCAAAUUUGAGGAAAGAGUGAAAUGUGAGGAUUGCUAUUCUGGGGUUUUGGGCAACGUGGAAAAGAGGGUUUUUGGUGGAGGUGCCAGGAGGUUUGUUGCACCUCCUCGUUUAAGGGCAAAGCGAAGAGAUGGUGGGGUUUUUUUGGGGGAGAAAUUAUGGGUGCCUAAGACUGAAUCUAAGCUGUAUGGGGAGAGUAGUGGUGAUGAUCAGGGGUUGAGUGCUAAGGAGGAGGAUGGGGUACUUUCUUGUAGUACCGAUGAAGUUUUUUUAGCAGGAAAAACUACUUUAAUGAUCAAGAAUAUUCCAAAUCAACUUGGAAGGCAUGAUUUACUGCGAAUACUGGACGUGCACUGUUUGGGAGAGAAUCAAAAGGCUAUGCAGCGAUUCGAUCGUGUUAAAUCAGAGUUUGAUUUUUUCUACUUGCCCAUGGACUUUGUGAGACGAGCAAAUCUGGGUUAUGCGUUUGUCAACUUCACGAAUGCAGCUGGAGCCUUGAGAUUUCGCAAAGCUUUCAAUAAGUAUAAGUGGGAUGUGGGUGCAAACCGCAAGACAUGUGAAGUAUCUUUGGCAACUAUCCAGGGAAAAGAUGCCCUUUGCAAUCGCUACAAGAAUUCUGUGUUUCCAUGUCAUACCAAUGCCUAUUUACCUGUUGUUCUACUGCCUGCACGUGAUGGGUGGAGGCAGACCGCACCUAGUAUUGUUGGAAGGCGUGUAGACCCAGCUUUUCCAUUGGAAAGAGGUUGUUUCAGUCGGAGGAAAUCCUUGAACAAGAUUGCUGAAGAUGGACGGUCAAAAUCAAUGGGUGAAUUGGAAACACGGGAUCGGGAUUUCGAUGUGUUUGUUUCCAGAACAAUCCCGUCAUAUAUGUUGUAUGAAGUUUGCUAG